AAGAAGAGUGUGUUCAGUUGCCAAGCUGCAAAAGGACGGAUGUAAAGUGAGUGUUACCAGGUUACCGGAGCUCUCUGUGUGGGUUCACCGUCGAUACAGACGAAGGAAACACAGUAAGGCUGACUUUUGGCCUCAUCAGAAGUACUGUGGUCAGCAUGGCUGCUGCCAGCUCCACCAGGAUCUCUUGGCAGCUGCAGGCGUUUGAGGCUCAUUCCAGCUCUGUGAGCUGUGCGUCACUGGGAAAAAGCUCAGGUCGACUGCUGGCCACAGGCGGAGAUGACUGCAGGGUCAACAUUUGGGCUGUCAGCAAAGCCAACUGCAUCAUGAGUUUAACAGGUCAUAAGAGUUCCGUGGAGUGUGUGCAGCUCAACCACUCCGAGGAGCAGGUCGUCGCCGGAUCACAGUCUGGGUCCAUAAGAGUCUGGGACCUGGAAGCCGCUAAGAUAUUAAGGACUCUGAUGGGACACAAAGCAAAUGUCACCAGCUUGGGUUUUCAUCCAUAUGGAUGUUUCAUCGCCUCAGGCUCCAUGGACACAAACAUCAAGAUGUGGGAUGUACGGAGGAAAGGAUAUGUCUUCAGAUAUAAGGGUCACUCCCAGGCUGUCAGGAAUCUGGCCUUCAGUCCGGACGGGAAGUGGUUAGCCUCCGCCAGUGACGACGCCACUGUCAAAUUGUGGGAUCUGGCUCAGGGGAAGAUGAUCACAGAGUUCAGAGGUCACACCGGAGCCGUCAAUAUCGUCCAGUUCCACCCCAAUGAGUAUCUUUUGGCGUCGGGCAGCUCUGACAGGACUGUCAAGAUUUGGGAUCUUGAGAAGUUUGAGAUGAUCAGCUCGUUGGAAGGGAGCACGGGUCCGGUCUGGUGCAUGUUGUUCAGCCCGGACGGUGACUGUCUGUACAGCGGUGCACUCGACUCUCUGCGGGUCUACGGCUGGGAGCCUGACCGCUGUUUUGAUGUCGUGUCGGUGGGCUGGGGCAAAGUGAGCGACCUGGCUCUCUGCAACCAUCAGCUGAUUGGCGUGUCCCACGAGCUGUCCAGUGUAUCUUCCUACGUGGUUGAUCUCAAAAGGGUGAAAAAAAACGACAGCUCCACGAUCCACAGCAUUACACAGGAUGACCUGCUGCUCACAGAGCCAUCACCAAAAGGAUCAGUUCUGCGGCGGAGCUACGAACAACCAAUAACCACCUGCGGCGCGCAGCGGAUGAAGCAGAAUUCAGAUGCUGAGCGCCGCAGUCCCGAAGGUGAGAGGCGGAGUCCCAGCGAUGACGAAAAGGAUGACGAAGAGUCAUCGGCUGAGAUCCACAACGCUGAGGAACACAAAGCGAUCUUUCAGCCGAAGAAUGUCCUCUUUACAAGCAGCUUUCACAUUAGAAGUUUUUCUCCUGAGUUAUUGCCAUCAUUUAGAGUAAUUCAGAAUAAACGUUUGUGGAGGGUGAACUUGUGUUUGUGUGUGCAGGGUCACUCCCAGGCUGUCAGGAAUCUGGCCUUCAGUCCGGACGGGAAGUGGUUAGCCUCCGCCAGUGACGACGCCACUGUCAAAUUGUGGGAUCUGGCUCAGGGGAAGAUGAUCACAGAGUUCAGAGGUCACACCGGAGCCGUCAAUAUCGUCCAGUUCCACCCCAAUGAGUAUCUUUUGGCGUCGGGCAGCUCUGACAGGACUGUCAAGAUUUGGGAUCUUGAGAAGUUUGAGAUGAUCAGCUCGUUGGAAGGGAGCACGGGUCCGGUCUGGUGCAUGUUGUUCAGCCCGGACGGUGACUGUCUGUACAGCGGUGCACUCGACUCUCUGCGGGUCUACGGCUGGGAGCCUGACCGCUGUUUUGAUGUCGUGUCGGUGGGCUGGGGCAAAGUGAGCGACCUGGCUCUCUGCAACCAUCAGCUGAUUGGCGUGUCCCACGAGCUGUCCAGUGUAUCUUCCUACGUGGUUGAUCUCAAAAGGGUGAAAAAAAACGACAGCUCCACGAUCCACAGCAUUACACAGGAUGACCUGCUGCUCACAGAGCCAUCACCAAAAGGAUCAGUUCUGCGGCGGAGCUACGAACAACCAAUAACCACCUGCGGCGCGCAGCGGAUGAAGCAGAAUUCAGAUGCUGAGCGCCGCAGUCCCGAAGGUGAGAGGCGGAGUCCCAGCGAUGACGAAAAGGAUGACGAAGAGUCAUCGGCUGAGAUCCACAACGCUGAGGAACACAAAGCGAUCUUUCAGCCGAAGAAUGUCCUCUCUCGCAGUCCUCCGAGGAUAUCGGAGCCUUUUCGUGCUCCGCCCAAGGAUGAGAGCGCUGCCAUCAGCCAGCAUCUGAAGGACAUGCAGAUGAAGGGCGGCCCUCUGGCUUCAUCCACUCCUGUCCAGAGGGUGGUGCCAACAGUGGUCUCACGGUCUAAGCAUCCAGCCCCCGCACUGCACGCUGUUGCUGCUGGCCCAGUGAUCUCGAACCCCCCCAGCUCCUGUCCAGUGUCAACUCAAGCUCCAAGCAGCAAGACCAAACCUCAGCCCAGCAUCAUCCUCUCCGCCAGGAAUGAACCCAUUGGCCUCAACGUGGCCGACUUCCUCCCUCCAUCACCCAGCAGCCGUCCCGGAGCACUGAGCGACGACGACGCUCUGUCCCAGAUCAGGAAAGGUCACGAUACCAUGUGCGUGAUGCUGAGCAGCCGACUCAAGAAUCUGCAGACGGUCCGAGCUGUGUGGAUGAGUGGCGACAUCAAGAAUGCAGUGGACACAGCCGUGUCCAUGAACGACAUGUCCAUCGUCGUGGACAUUCUCAACAUCAUCAACAUGCAGCCGUUGCUAUGGAAACUGGACCUGUGCACAACUGUUCUUCCUCAGGUCGGCAAACUGCUGCAGAGUAAAUACGAGAGCUACAUGCAGACCGGCUGUCGCUGCCUCAAACUCAUCAUGUCACACUUCUGGAUGCUGAUUUCGGACACGCUGAAAGCGCCGCCGUCCGUCGGCGUGGACAUCACACGAGAGGAGCGGUACCAGCGCUGCAGAACCUGCUUGAAAUACCUCAUGGACUUGAAUGCUCUGGUCAAGAAGAAGGCGGAGCAAGUCGGCCGCCAUGGCAGCGCAUUCAACGAGCUCAAGCUGUUGAUGGUCCCGCUGGACGAGUGACUCGGACAAGAAGAAGCCAUGAAGCGUCUCUGUCGGACCGUUGUCACGGACACAUCUUCUGGCAUUAUUCCCCUUUUUUCUUUUUUGUACAAUGGUUGAAUAAAGGUUUAACAGCUUGAAUAAAGUUUUUGUUGUUGUUGUUGUAAAAUAUUUGAAUAGAAGUUUGAUUCCUGUAUAUUUGUUCUGUAAUUUGUGUCUGUAUCAUGUAACAAAAAUUAACUUAUGACACAACAAUAAUUUAGCAUUUGGUUCUCCUCAUUGAAUAAACUUGUCAUUGU